AUGACCUGGAAGGACAUCGCGCCUGUGCCUACGGCACAGGAAUUCAUUGAUAUCAUCCUCUCGCGGACGCAGAGGCGAUUGCCAACCCAGAUUAGCAGAAUCCGAGCCUUCUACACCCGCAAGGUCAAAUUCACGCAGGAAACAUGUAGCGAAAAGUUUGGCGCCAUCGUCGCCAGCUUCCCUAUCCUCACCGACCAGCACCCCUUCCACCGCGACUUGAUGAACAUCCUUUAUGAUGCCGACCAUUUCAAGGUGGCCCUUGGCCAGGUCUCGACGGCGAAGCACCUGAUUGAGACGAUUUCCCGGGACUAUGUCCGCCUCCUGAAGUACUCGCAAAGUUUGUUCCAGUGCAAGCAACUCAAGAGGGCCGCUCUUGGUCGUAUGGCGACUCUCAUCAAGCGGUUAAAAGACCCCCUUCAAUACCUCGACCAGGUUCGCCAGCAUUUGGCCAGGUUACCCGAUAUCAACCCGACGACACGCACUCUCCUUGUUGCCGGUUUCCCGAACGUCGGCAAGAGCUCUUUCGUCCGCUCAGUAACUCGCGCGGAUACCCCCGUUGAGCCUUACGCUUUCUUCGUCGGGCAUCUGGACUACAAAUAUCUUCGGUACCAAGUAAUAGACACCCCCGGAAUUCUCGACCACCCAUUGGAAGAGAUGAACACGAUUGAAAUGCAGAGUGUCACAGCUCUUGCCCAUCUCAGAGCCGCCGUCCUCUUCUUCAUCGAUAUCAGCGAGCAAUGUGGCUACUCACUUAAGGCCCAGUGCAACCUCUUCAAGUCCAUUAAGCCCCUUUUCGCCAACAAGAUGGUGUUUGUCGUUCUGAACAAGAUGGAUAUCAAGACCUUUGAGGAUCUAGAGCCGGAAAUGCAGACCGAGCUGGAGGACUUGACAAAGUCGGGCGACGUAGAACUGUUGCGCGCUUCGUGCGCUACGCAGGAUGGCGUACAGGAUGUCAAGAACCUGGUGUGUGAGCGGCUACUCGCUGAGCGGGUGUCCCAGAAGCUCAAGGCCGGUACUGCAAGCAACGGUACUCUCGGAUCUCGUCUCACUGAGGUCAUGGCUCGUAUUCACGUUGCCCAGCCGAUGGACGGUAUCACAAAAGAGACGUUUAUCCCGGAUGCCGUCAAAAAUCUCAAGAAGUACGACAAAAACGAUCCCGAGAGGAGACUCCUGGCAAGGGAUGAGGAGGAGGCGAAUGGUGGUGCUGGUGUCUUCAACGUCGACCUGCGCAAAGAUUAUAUUCUCGCCGACCCGUCGUGGAAGCACGAUAGGAUCCCAGAAAUCCUCGAUGGCAAGAACGUCUACGAUUACGUCGACCCAGAUAUCGAAUCGAAGCUGGCGGCACUCGAGGAGGAGGAGGAGAGGCUGGAGAAGGAAGGCUUCUACGAAUCUGACGAGGACCUUGGCGAUGAGUCCGAGGAGGAGGUCUUGCAGAAGGCCGAAUACAUCCGCGAGAAGCACAAGCUCAUCCGCAAUGAGGCGCAAAUGCGCAAGUCGCUCAAGAACCGGGCCUUGAUCCCGCGGAAGGCCCAGAAGAAGCCCUUCUCCCAGCUCGAGGACCACCUCGACCAGCUCGGCGUCGACACCGAGUCGAUUGGCCUGCGGGCACGGGCCGAGGUGCAGGAGACGCGCGGGCGGUCACUCGCGCGCAGCCGCACCGGUACCGUCGACCCGGACGCCAUGGAUGUCGACAACGGGCCCUCGGCCAAGGAGCGCCUGCGCUCCAAGAGCCGCGUCCGCGACCGCUCCGUCAUGGCCACAAACCGCCGCGACGACGGUGUGGUGGACGAGGUAGCGCGCACCAAGGCCGAACGCGUGGCCAAACUCGGACAGCGCAAGAUGAACCGCAUGGCGCGCCAGGGCGAGGCCGACAGGCAUAUCGGCGCGGCGAUGCCGAAGCACUUGGCUAGCUAA